AUGACAAAGAAUAUGGCGGAUGAUGACGAACGAAGUCGUAGAAAAGCCAACCCUGGCCAAAAUAAAAAGCCCUACUGGCAGGAAACGUGUAUUGGUGUAUGGACAAAAAGUAUAAAAGGGCAUCACGUUAAUAGCGAAGCUGAUCAGGACAAGAUUUGCAACGGAAUCAGUGUGGUUAGAAUUUAUGGCAAAGUAAGGUUUUAAAUAUGAGCUGAAUUAGCUUAAGAUUAUUUACAGAGGUACGCAUAGCAAACUUAACUGACAGGAUGUCUAGUCCGUUUUCUAGUAGCACAAAUGUAGUGCGAUUUGUUCAAAGAAAAAAUAAGACACGCGUUAAAUAAUACACUGACCAUGCUUUUUUAAUACAUGAUCAUAUUUGCUACGUACAAGACGCGCGAUUUAUUUACUGCGCAUGAAGCUCGCAUGACGUUUACGUGCACUACGGGAAGUCUUUCUGCAAUUACAGUGUGUUCGUGUGAUGUAUUGCCAUUGUAUAGUAAGGGGGUUGUCAAUGGGGUAUACCUCUAGGUAGUAAACAGUUUCAACUUAGAAGAGACCUUUUUGGUGAGCAGACAGCAAAAAAGGAACUUUUAUAUAGUCGGAGUUUAAUAAAUGUACACAGUGUAUUAUCAGUCCCGAAUGCCGCUUUUAAUUAAACACAGCAUACUCAGAUAGACGAACAGCUUUUCACAAUAUCAAGUAUAACUGUUGUGGUUCAAAUUUAUCCUUGAUUUAAAUUUUAUUUUCUUUUGUUUCAAAGUCAUAAUCAUAAAUUACCAUACCCAAAAACAAAAGACAUUAAAAUUUAAACCAAGGAUAAAACUGAACCACAACAUAACCACAUGCAGUAGACAGGAAAAAAUCAAAAUCUUUUUAAAAGUCAGAAGGUACUAAAACUGUUUUUGUUUACAAAUUUAAAAUUUUCUUUUCUUCCCAGAAAAUGUUAGAACUUUUAACUUCUGUAAAAUUGGCCUUUACUCUACAAAAGAGACACCUGUUUAUAAGAUAGUCAGUUAAAAAAAUUGUCUUUAUAAAUGAGACAGUUAACCCAAUUUGGCACCCUGGAGAAUCCAACAAUAAUAUUGGCAUUUCUUUGCAACACAUGACGUGACAGGUAUUCAACAUUUUGGCAAUGGCCUUUUCUCCAUAAAUGUUGAUAAAGAAUUCCCCAUUCUUAGCAUAUAGCUGAAUUAACUACCAAAUAAUUUAUUGUAAAUGAUUUACUCUAUAUGUCACUAAUAUUAAAGUGGCUUUGCACUUUUUUAGUACAAGAAGACUUGACUGUACUUAAUUUACUAGAUUUUAUUUCAUUUGCUUAAAUGAGGAUUUUUUCUCAUUUAUCUGCAGACAUAUGCUAAUCAUGGCUUGUCCGUGAGUCAUUUGUUCUUGUUUUGCAGUAUAAUAAUGCAUUAUGCUGGUGACUCUAUAUGUAAUAGCUACAGUUUAUGUAUGUUAGUUGAAGAGGUAGACAACUUGGGGAAAAAAGGGAGAUGGAAAACUGUCGACCAGUCUUUCUUUUGGUCACCAGUUUCUGUAGUGUUUAAUUUUGGGCAGCCCGGGUUCCAGGCUGUUCUUGAAAUCAUGCUUUGGUAAUUUAAAGUCAUUGAUCAUUUACUAGCAUUGCAGUAAUUAAGAUUAUUUUUCUCAGUUCACAGGGUUCGUAUGCGUCUUGAAAACCCUUGAAAACCCUUGAAUUUCAGGAGUCCGAUUUCAAGGCCUUGAAAGUACUUGAAUUUCGUUUUUGGUCUUUGAAAGUCCUUGAGUUUUUAUUGAACAAGAUCGAAAAUGUUCUGCACUAUCUGUAAACCCAAAACAUAGAUGUUAACACAAACAUUUUUCUUGGUUUUGAGGUAAAAUUGUCUUUAAAAAAAAGUCCUUGAAAUUUCUAGUGAGGGUCCUGGAAAGUCCUUGAAAAGUCCUUGAAUAUUUGGCCUGAUAAAGUGUACGAACUCUGAGUUCAGAUGAUCUCAUUAUUGGGCAGUGAGGCCAAAUCUUGGGCGUUGUCUCCUUCAUCCUUUCUUAUCAAUUUAAUGGAUGGGGACAUUAAAGAAUGCACACAACUAUUUGAAAAUGGUUGGGGGAUGUAGACCCUGGUGGUAUGGUCCUGCAGUAAUAUUGGAUUUAUACUGUUGUGGUGAUCCUGCCAAAUUGGAAAAUCUAAAUAAACUAAACAACACUUCAUGUUACAUUCGCACAACACCAGACAAAUUUUCGACUGAUUGAAAAUUUGUGCAUUGAACCGCCAAGUUACUUGUGAACAGAGCAAAAAUGUUGAACGGUCUGUGUGAAGAAAGUCUGGUCAAAUUUAUCAGCUGGUUGAAAAUUCGUUCGGUAUGAUGCCAAGUGAACAUAGCCUAAACUAGGCCUUUCCUCAAAUGUGUUUAUAUAAAUUUUUUAAGACUUAAUUAUUAUCUCACAUGAAGUGGUAUUUGUUUCUAAUUAUGCCUCAUAAGUACAUGUAUUUACAUGCAGGAAACAAGGGCCCAUGUACUAUGUACUCGUAUUAAUUUCACAAAGUACCUUGUUUCUAAAGCCACAGAAAAACUCAAAAGAAACUGCAGUUCCACCUAAGCUGUCCUUUGGGCAGGCAGCUCUCACAGUUUGCUUGCCUGGAGCCACUUCCUGCUUGCCUAGCUUAGAACUUGUUGGGAUCCUUGCCCAUUGGGUUUCAAGUCAGUGUUAACCCUUGAAGCCCCAAUAUCCACAUACAAAUUCUCCAAACUGAUCUCUAUACAUUUCCUUCAAGAAUAAGUUGAGAGAAUUUGAUAAAAGAUCAAGGCAUUUUCCCUUAGGUGAUCAUUUUAUUAAUUCUCAUAACCUAAUCUCUUGACAUUGUAUGGAUAUCGUUAGGAGAAAAUUGACGCUAGACACUUUUGGGACUUAAAGGGUUAAAAGUUACUUUCCCAGCAAGAAAAUGUACUUGUCCUAGACUAACGGAUGGGACUUUUUUCAAGCCCUGUAUUGUUAACCCUUUAAGCCCUAAGAGUGAUCAGCAUCAAAUUUCUCCUGUUAAUAUCAAUGCUUUGUAAAACAGAGUGGUCAUGAGAAUUAUGGACAUGUUCACACAAGAAGAAUUUGCUUGAUAUUUUAACAUCUUCUCCCCACUAUUUCUGUAGGAAAAGAAUAGGGGCAACAAAUGAGAAUUCAAAUUUUGAUCUUAGGGUUUAAGGGGUUAAGGAAGGUGGAAUAAGAGACACCCUUGCCGGUAGUUAUACUUGCCCGGGGUGAAGUGUUCUGACUUGACCCCUCUCCACUUAGCUUUAUCGCCAUCAUUGCAAAAUGUAACAUGGGCUUAAAUUUAAUUGUGUAAUUUAUUUAAUUUAUUUAGCCUACAGAAGACAGUAGCGUGAAACUCAGUAAAACUAGAGGACUUCAGAUCAUAAUAUGUAUUGACUCAGGUUAGUUUUUUCCAAAGUUACUAUAGCUCUGCUUUAGAUCAUUUGUGUCAAGCUAAAGGCUUAAUAUGUGUUGUUGAUCAUCUUUUAGUUUUAUCCUUUAAGAUAUACUUUUGUUUUACUCAUUAUAUGGGUGGUUUCCCCACAAAAAAUUAAUGAUGUAUGAGAAACAACAUCAGAAAUUCCAUACUGAUGAUGGGUCACUAUCCAGGUCUGGGACUAGUGCCUCUGAUUGGUUGAAAAUUUGCUUCAUCCAAUCAGAAGCACUUCUCAGGUCUGGGUAGUGACACUUCAUCAGUAUGGAUGCAGUCCUUUCUCAGAUGUUAUUUCGUAGGGAAACCAGUUGUGGGGUUGCAAUUAAAUGUCAGCUGUUUUCUCAGGCUAUAAUAGAUCUAGAACGGCUUUAUUACCUGUGUCUUUAAAGAUCCCAAAAUGGGGUUGAGUCAAGAAAAGACUGGGACUGUGUUUAUGGCAACCAACUACAGUAGAUCCUCUCUCUCAAUUGACCCAAGUGUAGGUCAAGUCAAGCCAAGUCAGAGAAUCAUAUGAAUAAAUGUUAAGGCAACACCCUAGAUUGAGAUCACUUUGUGGGUUUGGAAGGAGCAAGUGCAUAAACAUUCAUAAAGACAACAGGUUAACAAUGGGAAAGGUCAAGUAAACUCGUCUGUCCGAGAACUGACAAUUUAAGAAGUUGUCUUUACAGCUGACUCCUGAUAACUCGAACCUUCAAGGGAAAUCAAAAAAAGUUUGAGUUAUUGAGAGUUCUAGUUUCGCGAGCUUGAAGAAAAUGGCCAGAAGGUGAACAUUUUAAUCACAUUUACUUGUAGAAAUAUUAACUGAAAAUUGAAAGAUACUUCUUGAUUAUAAAUCAGAACUAAAUGUGAAAAAAUAUAGCCCAAAUGGAGCAUGUGUUUUGCUGUUUUGAGAAGUAAAAGGUGACUAUUCAUGUUGGAUUUGUGACAAACAACAUCAGUCUUCACUAGUAAACUAUAUGCCUACAACACGUCAAUGGGAAAUUCAAAAUUCAAUGUUACGGACGGGCACCUUUUUUCCCUGACUUUUGAAGCACUCAAAACAUGGUUCAAGUUAUUGGGGGUAAAAUUGCAUUGAAAUGAUCUGAGGGGAAACAAAAAUUACUUCGAGUUAGCAAGAGGUUUGAAUUAUUGAGGGUUCGAGUUACUGAUGGUACAAUUACAGUAAAUGUAUGAAAGAAAUCAAGGGAAAAUCAAUUCUGGUUUGACUAAGUGCAAGGUUCGAGUUAGCGAGGGUUAGAGUUAUCGGGAGUCAACUGUCAGAGUGGUAAUUUUACCUUGCCUGUGGACCAAUCUGGAGCAAAUUAAAAGAUAAAGCUUUUGGCUAGUACCAAUCUGACUCAUACUUUAGUCAGGUUUGCUUCUAAAGUGCUCCAGGGUGGCAAUGGUUUACAAAUUGUCAAUGUUUGCAGUGUUGGCCCUACAUGUAUAUGAAAUUGUCCUAGAACUUUAAAUCCUUCAGAUGUAAUAGACAACUUGUUUUAGUAAAAAGUAAGAUAAUUUAAGUAUUGAACCAAGGAUAAAAUUAAAAUAUGGCAAUUAUAGGAAGCAAUAUUUUUAUAACUAUCAACUAUUCAUUUUAGAGCAUCAGCAUCCACCUCCAAAACCUCAUGACCACACAUACAUCUCAGUGGAAAGAGUUGAAGCAGAUGACAAGUACGCAUCGACUUACCGAGGGUACAAUAUUGGUUCCAGUCUGACCUUGGUUAUAGGCAAUGAGUUACAUGUAUUAACUGGAAUAUAGCAUUUUCGUGUCAAUUUGUGAUACCAGUGACCUUAUGGUUUAAACACUGAGUGUGAGAUUUAGUUUAAAAGAUCAGUUCAACUUUGAACAGAAUUUCAAACCAUUUAUGUCCCUUCUCAGUCUUUCAUGAUGACCUAGGGCAAUGACAACAUUAUUGGUGGCAAACUAAAAAUUAAUGUUUACUUAAAGAACAGAAAAGUCCCUCAAGCAUCUAUUCUUACCAAAUCAGUUCCAAAAGCAUUUGAAGUCUUCAUUUUUUGGUAUUCAAUUGUUUCUGGAAAUUUCUUUUUUUUAGCGACAAGAGUCCAGCUUCCAGCUCUAUCUCGGCCCUCCUGUGCUCCUUUUGUUAACUGGGCAAUGAUUUAUCUUUCAUUUAUCCUCUUGCAAGUAUAAUGAAAUAAAUAAUUAGUUUCCCUGUGGUCUUCAAGAAUAUCUUUUAUGUUGCUGAGAAGACACAAGGGAUGAGAAAUUCAGGGUAGCCAGUCAUUAUGCCCCCGUCACUUAAUUAGCUCCCUAUUUUCCAGUUAUUUGAAUAAUGUUAUUAUAUCUUGUUCUUUAAGUGAUGUUAAAGGUUACUUAGGGGGCUAAAUAACUGGGGCGAAAUGACCACAGUAAAAAGAUCAGAUUGACAAAUUUACAGUUGUGCCGGUUAAUACCAAUAUUAGAAUUUAUGGAUUGCUUAAGAUCAUUAAUAAUUUUGAUUUCAGCGAAGAGAAGACUGCUAAUGGUGAGACAGAUCCAACCAAGGAACAGAUGCCAAGCCUUACGAGAAGAGUGAUGGAUAUCAUGCUAAUGAAAAAAACAAAUAUGGAGAAAAAUGUUGAACACUUCAAGAGCAAUGGGAUCAAACUGACAGGUGAGAAAUAAUACUUAAUGACUGGUCCUGAGGGAAACAGUGGGUAACAGUGCAUCGUUACCCUCUGACGUCAUAGAUUUUACAAUGUUUCCUGCUCAGAGGUUUUGGCAUUGUUAGAUGUCAUGUGACCUCAAAGUAACCAAUGAUAGUGCAUGCUGUUGGCACAAAAUGUUCAGCUAUAUAACAAUGUGUCUUGUGAAUUACAAUGGGGAUUUUGUCAGUGGGAAGUUGCACUAGACCUAAGUAAAAGAGUAAAAAAUAAUGCAGUGAGAAUCAAAGACUGUGCGCCAAAUAUCUAAUGUUUGUGACUUUCAUAUUACAAAAAUAUACAAGAUUUUAAGGACUAAAUUCAUUUAAUUGGAGUUUGAAUGAAAUAGUAAGCAAGUCUCCUUUGGAGCAAAAAAAUAGUAAUAAUGAAAUAAAAUGAUUUAGAGGUAGCACAUCCACUUAGUGGUUCCGCUUCGUCUACCUGAUCCCUGGUCAAAUUAGAAUUUGGAAAUGUUGGGUUUUGGGUAGAGAAGAAAACUGGGGUACCCGGAGAAAAACCUCUCGGAGCAAAAGAGAGAACCAGCCAUGAACUAACUCAACCCACAUAUAGUGCAAACACUGGGAUUUGAACCCCGCACCACAUUAGAGGGGGGUGAGUGCUCUCAACACCGUGCCACCCUUGCACCAAUACACCAUAAAUUUUAGCCUGCUGCAUAAUUAUAGCAUCUACUAUGAAUUCUGGAAGGUAAACUAUAUAAUUAUGUGUCUUCUGGGAAAUGGAAAUGUAAAAGUGGUGAAUGUAGACAGGCAACACUCUUGUUUCUUUUAUGCAGAUGUCUGGGAUGGAGUUUAUGGCACAUGUUCAAAAUGCUAUGAAACAACGGCAAGGCUGGUAUCAUACUGUCAUCCAGUCGAGAAAGUUACUCAAGUGAGUACAAGAAGAGGAGUUUCAAAGGAAAAUCAGUCAUAGUUAUUUAUGAUACAUAUUUCAUUGAAUACAUGCUCAUGCUCUGAUAAGCACCUCCCCCACAUAAGUGCCAUAAUAUCAAAUAAGCACCUCCCUUGAGGAAGCACCCCCCUCUUUUUCCUCACCCUCACUUUCUAAAAUACUAGGGAUAUAGUACACCCCAUCCUUUGAGCCAUAAUUUGAAAUAAGCACCCGGGCACUUAUUCAAGAAAAUAUGGCAAGUUCCUCGAGUAAGGUAAUCCAGACUGGAUUCUGGGAAUUUUUUGCUUGUGGAAUCCCGAAUCCUGAGCUUUGGAAUCUGGAAUUCACCUCAAGGAAUUUGCAAUCCCACUAAUGAUUGGAAUGGAGAAUCCAAGUUCCACUGGAAAGGAUUCUGGAAUUUACAGCAUGGAAUACAGAAUUGUCUUGGAUUACUUUACUACCCGGCCUUACAACUUGUACAUGGGGCAAGAUUCUACGCGGAACAAUUAUUACUUCAUCAAGUUUUUGUGCAACAUUGUUGGAGAUCCAUUCCAGCAACUUAUAUGUGGAGCAAUUUGUUUUUAGAUCACAAUGUUUUUUUGCACUUAAAAGUAGGAGUCUGUCCUACUUUCUGUAACUUGUGCUGCCAUGUGAAAGAAGAGAAAUUAUUGCCUAAAGAGUUGUUUGAUGUUACUACCAAAGGACUGUGUGUACACACCACAUUUAAUUUAAUUCAAAUAAUAUUCUUCUUUGACAGAUGUAUGGCUUUGUAGCAAACAGAAUUAAGAAUGCUGGGAAGUGGACAAAUGAAGAUGAAAGCAAAAGAAAGAAAUGA